AGCAGCGGCAGCCAAGAAGAGCAGAGUGAAGAAAAAAGAAAGGAAAAGCCAAUUUGUUCUUCCCUUCUCCAAAAAAUGCCCCCAUCCAUUCUAUUCUAUCUCCUCCUCCUCUGCCUCUGCCUCCUCCCAGGAGGCGGCAGCGGAGACGAGCUCCAAAUUCUCUUAGACCUCAAGACCUCUCUCGGGCUCAACGACAUCGAAGGCUUCGAGUCCUGGACGCCGGACAAUUCCCCCUGCAACUUCACCGGAAUUGUGUGCAAUUCCGCCAACUCCGUCGCCAAGAUCAACCUAAACAGCAAGGGUAUUUCAGGAAAGCCACCGUUCUCUUCUCUCUGCCGACUCCCCGCCCUCUCUGAGCUCUCCCUUGGAUCCAAUCACCUGUCUGGUACGUUCGCCGCCGACAUCAGGACCUGCACCGGGCUCCAGCGACUGGAUCUCGCCUUCAACAAAUUCACCGGAGUCGUCCCCGACUUGUCCCCUCUCAACAAGCUCGAGGUAUUGAAUCUCUCCGAUAACGGGUUCUCGGGUCUGUUCCCAUGGAGCUCUCUCGGUAACCUCACCGAGUUGGUGGUUCUGAGCCUGGGGGAUAACGGGUUCGAUGAAAGCCCGUUUCCCCCGGUGGUGGCGGAUCUAACCAAGCUCACCUGGCUCUACCUCUCUGAUACUAAUAUCAAGGGCGAAAUCCCGCCGUGGAUCGGGAAUCUGACGGAGCUCCGGGAUCUCGAGCUCGCCGACAACUUCCUCACCGGGGAGAUCCCGCCGGAGAUCGUGAAUCUGAACAAGCUCUGGCAGCUCGAGCUGUACAAUAAUUCGCUCGCCGGAAAGAUCCCGACGGGGUUCCGGAACCUCUCCGAUCUCGUCUUCUUCGAUGCGUCGAUGAAUAAUUUGGAAGGGGAUCUCUCCGAGCUCCGGUUCCUCAACAAAUUGCUCUCUCUCCAGCUCUUUUAUAAUGAUUUCUCCGGUGAGGUCCCGCCGGAGUUCGGGGAUUUCAGGGAUCUGGUGAAUCUUUCUUUGUAUAGUAAUCGUCUCUCCGGGAAGCUUCCGGCUAAGCUAGGGAGCUGGGCGAAGUUUAAUUUUAUUGAUGUGUCGACCAAUUUCUUCACCGGCGAGAUCCCGCCGGAUAUGUGCCGGUUGGGGACGAUGACGAGGCUGCUUGUGCUCGAGAACAACUUCUCCGGUGAGAUUCCGGCGAGCUAUGCGAAUUGUUCUUCGUUGAUCCGGUUUCGGGUGAGCAACAAUUCGCUCUCCGGCGUGGUUCCCGCCGGGAUCUGGAGCCUACCGAACGUGAACAUAAUCGAUCUGGCCCUGAACCAGUUCGAAGGUACGAUCGACGCCGGCAUCGGGAAGGCGAAAUCACUCGCCCAGCUGUUUAUCGACAACAACCGGUUCUCCGGCGAGUUGCCGCCGGAGAUCUCGGGAGCGUCGUCGCUUGUGCAAUUCGACGCCACCUAUAACCAAUUCUCCGGCGAGAUCCCGGCAAGCAUCGGCGGAUUGCAGCAGCUUCAGUCUCUCUACCUCCAGCACAACUCAUUCUCCGGCGAGAUACCGGAAAUCAUAGGCUCAUGCAGCUCUCUCACCACUAUUGACCUUGCAAGCAACAGCCUCUCCGGCACAAUCCCGGCGACCAUCGGCGAUCUCCCUAACUUAAACUCGCUGGACCUCUCAAACAACCAGCUCUCCGGCCAGAUCCCGGCGAGCCUCUCUUCUGUCAAAUUCAGCGCUUUCAACCUAUCCAACAACCAACUCACCGGCCCGGUGCCGGCGGGCCUUGCUAUCGACGCCUACAUCACUGGCUUUGCCGGCAACCCCGGCCUCUGCAGCGACGAUACCGGCUACCUCCGGCGCUGCUCAUCGAAGCUCGGAGGUUCAUCCGACAAGCUCCGCACCAUCCUAACCUGCUUGCUUGCCGUUUCCGCCCUCCUCCUCGCCGCCGUCGGCCUCUUCCUCUUCAUCAAGAAACGCCGGUCCGACCGCAACCAGCGGAUGGCGAAAGAUCCGUCGUGGGAUUUGAAAUCAUUCCGGAUUCUGAGCUUCGACGAGCAGGAGAUCAUCAACUCGAUCAGGCAAGAGAAUUUGAUCGGCAAAGGCGGGUCGGGGAACGUGUACAGGGUGGAGCUGGGGAGCGGGAAGGUGGUGGCCGUGAAGCACAUCUGGAACGACCCCAUGGCCGCCGCCGCCGCCAACAUGAACAGCAGCUGGGAGAAGGGUGGUACCACGGCGGCGAUGCUGUCGGGGACGCGGCGGUCGGGGUCGGUGAGGUCGAGGGAGUUCGAGGCGGAGGUGACGACGCUGAGCUCCAUCCGGCACGUCAACGUGGUGAAGCUCUACUGCAGCAUAACGAGCGAGGACGCAAGCCUUCUGGUUUACGAGCACCUGCCCAACGGUAGCCUUUGGGACAGGCUGCACACGGAAUGGUGUGGGAAACUAGGUGGGUUGGGGUGGGAAACGAGGCACGAGAUCGCGGUGGGCGCGGCGAGGGGAUUGGCCUACCUGCACCACGGCUGGGACCGCCCUAUACUCCACCGGGACGUCAAAUCGAGUAAUAUACUGCUGGACGAGUGCUUCAAGCCUCGGAUUGCCGACUUUGGGCUCGCCAAGGUGCUUUACGCCGCCGGAGGUGGUGAUUCCUCGGCGCAUGUCAUCGCCGGCACCCACGGCUACAUCGCCCCCGAAUAUGCCUACACAUGGAAGGUGAACGAGAAGAGCGACGUGUAUAGCUUCGGAGUGGUUCUAAUGGAGUUGGUGACGGGCAGAAGGCCGAUAGAGCCCGAGUUCGGUGAGAACAAGGACAUAGUCUGCUGGGUUUCCCGGAGGAUGAACAGCGGGGAGAGCGCGGUGGAGCUGGUGGACAGGACAAUUCCGGACUGGGAGAGGGAGGACGCUGUGAAGGUGCUGAGAGUCGCGGUGCUCUGCACGGCGAGGCUUCCGGCGAUGAGGCCGUCCAUGAGGACGGUGGUGCAGAUGCUCGAGGAGGCCGAAGCCAGGGACUUGCGCUUGAAGGUUGACAAGGUGGAGGGUGAAGGCUAUAAAUUUGAGGGGAAAGAAAUAGGAUCUGAGAAAGUUAAGCUGAGCCCAUAAUAGAUAGUGUUAAGAAGUCUCCAAGCCUGCAAUAAAUAGUCCAACUGGUAUCAGUUUAAAGGGUAGAGAGAGGAAGAUGGAAUCGGAGGAGCUCAAAUCUGUACAUAUAUAUAUAUAUAUAUAUUGGACUUUGGUCGAGCAGAUGAAGACGUGGUUCAUAGCGUCGGAUUAUUCGUGCUGGCGGUGACUGGACCACGGCCUGAAGCCGGGGAAAAGAGAUACGGCGCUUUUGGGACACCGAAAGGCAAAAGUCGGUGAAUUCGAGGGUCCAACGUGAUGUGAUUGGAUCCAUUCAUGGCGAAUCUGUAUCAACUUUAGCUGUCCUAGUUUAGGUUUUUGGUCCACUUUUUGCUGCGUGGAAGCUCACGAAAUAAUAUCAUGUGAGAACAACGAUGAGCUUGGUUGUAUCAUCAGGAUCUUUCAUAUGGCAUUGGCCUUGAUCGUGGCUACAGGAAUCCAUAAAAUUCCUUCGUGUCUUCAGUAAAA